UGUCUGAGGUCCAGGCACUAGUUUCGCGCUUGUCUGAAGACUUGGAGAACAAUGUGAUUCUGGCUCUUCUUUGGGGGGGGAUUUUAGCGUCGUGACAUGCUUUCAGGACCCGGCGACUCCACAAGGAAAUGGGAAUCUCUGCAUUUAUGGUCACAUGAACGUCAGCGCUGCAGGCCCGAUGCCGGUGAUGGAGGAGCUUAUCAGUGAGAGCGACAGCAUGGCAAAGCGGAUCGCUCUGAUCUGCUUCCUGUCUCUGGUCAUGCUGAUGAGCAUCCUGGGAAACCUGCUGGUGAUGGUGGCCGUCUGCAAGGACCGACAACUCAGGAAAAUAAAGACCAACUACUUCAUCGUGUCGCUGGCGUUCGCCGACCUGCUGGUGUCGGUGCUGGUGAUGCCGUUCGGAGCCAUCGAGCUGGUGCACCAGCACUGGAUCUACGGGGAGACCUUCUGCCUGGUCAGGACCUCGCUGGACGUCCUGCUGACCACCGCCUCCAUCCUGCACCUGUGCUGCAUCGCCCUGGACAGGUACUACGCUAUCUGCUGCCAGCCGCUGGUCUACAGGAACAAGAUGACGCCCAUGAGGGUGGCUCUGAUGAUCGGGGGCUGCUGGGUCAUUCCCACCGUCAUUUCCUUCCUGCCCAUCAUGCAGGGCUGGAACAGCAUCGGCAUCGACCACCUGAUCGAGCAGCGGCGCCACAGCGAUGGCAGUAACUCCACUUCCUGUGUGUUCAUGGUGAACAAGCCGUACGCCCUCACCUGCUCCGUGGUGGCCUUCUACAUCCCGCUGGUCCUCAUGGUGCUGGCCUACCAGAGGAUCUACGUCACGGCCCGGGCCCACGCCCGGCAGAUCAGCAUGCUGCAACGGGCGGGGGGGGCGGGGGGUGGCGGCGGCGUGGACUCUGCCGAUCACCAACGCAACAACCGCAUGCGAACAGAGACCAAAGCAGCAAAGACUCUGUGCAUCAUUAUGGGAUGCUUCUGCCUGUGCUGGGCGCCCUUCUUCGUCACCAACGUGGUGGACCCCUUCAUCGACUACACGGUGCCGGACCAGCUGUGGGUCGCCUGCCUGUGGCUGGGAUACAUCAACUCCAUGCUCAACCCCAUCCUCUACGCCUUCCUCAACAAGUCCUUCCGCCGUGCCUUCCUCAUCAUCCUCUGCUGUGGGAAGAAGAGGUACCGCCGGCCGUCCAUCCUGGGGUCCGGGGCCCCCUGCACAGCCACGCAGAUCAACGGCUCCACACAUGUACUCAAGUAUUCUGUCCUACACAACGGGAACCACACGGAGCAGAAGAAGACGUUUCUGCACGCCGCCAUAGAGUCCCGCGAGUCCUGCUUGUGACCAACGGCCGACUCUUCAGUCACAUCUCCAACGACCUACACCGUCACCACAGAGGCGACGGGAACACAGCGCAGCCUUCGCAGAUCCAGAACCAGAUGCUGCCGAUGGGCCUCUAGGGAUCCAGGGGAGGAACGUGACUUUGCAGUGGAUGCCUCUGGUUUUGAAAGGUGGCAAAGACCCUGGAUGUCUUUCCGAUGCUGUUUCCGUCAAGCUGGUUCUUCCGUCUGCCGUCCCACAAAAGACUGAGCGGUCCGGGUCCAAAUGGUGUCAAGGCCAGCUUGUCGUGGGGAGAACCGGCAGCUUCCGGGGAAUGUGUAGGAGAGUUUCGCAGCACGAGAUGUGAUAAUGACUGCCUGGGAGUCGUGGAAGAGAAUCAUGUUGCCAAAGCUAUUUGAUAAUACACACAGGGGAUCUAUUUUUGGUCAUUAUAUAACGCUCCCUGUUGUUUUCCAGUGCGGAAUCCCGACGAUAGACUCUAGAAGGUUAAUUCCUGUAAAUCGAGUGGCCAAAAACGAGCUCACGAAACAAGUUAUUCCUGGAAAAGAGGCAGAGUGUAGAACAAUAUUUCUCUUUGCUAGACAUGAAGUGUUUCAGCCUUGAAACAAAGCCGGGGAACCUGACUGCCAGGUCUACGUUUUCUUUGCUAAAUCCUCAUUAAGCUGAAAGAGAAGUGUGGUUGCAAGGCUGCGGUAAAUCCCUGACCUGAACUGUCGGAGUGCAUUAUUACAGAGGCUGCUAGCUCCGAGUUCAUCGCUCCACAAAACUCCGCCUGAAUCCUUGUUUUAUUCUAAGAAGUUAGAGGAUCGAAAAAAGCUGCUCAUGAAUGAUUCAACAGG